AUGAAGGAGAAAGAAGCUGCAAAUAAUCCUGCAAAGCAAAUUGAGGAGGCAAUUUUCUCUAGGAAGCAGUACCUAGACACUGCUAGGGAUUACUACUUGACUGCACUCGCUGAGCUGAGUGGCAGAAAACAAGAACAACCAAAAAUAUCCCCUUGUAGUGAUUUAUCUUUGCCGUUGGAAGACAAUAUCUGCAAUCUAGCAGUUGAAGCUGAACAAGCAGCCACACCAGGACAUGGGUUAAAAAAGAAAUUUUCUGAAAUGGAUGUACAAAUGCAGUAUCCUAAUGGAGUUCUCAAAGCAUCUGAAAAGGAUUUGGAGGUUGUGAAGUUACAAUUUAAUAAAUCUCUUCCUAGAAAUACGAAAUCCCAAAUCACUGAAAUGAUUUGUAAACUUGGGAUUUUGGGGAAGGAAAUAGACAUUAUUGAUGUUGCAGAUUCAAAAACGACAAGGACUGCCUCAUUAGAGCCUGAUAAUGCUAUGGAGUCACUGGAAAAGACAGUGGUAGAAAGUAGCUCCAUCUACGGGAUGGUGGAGUCUUUAAAAGCUAAACUUGAAAAUUUGAAGAAAGAACAUGCUGGAUUUAUUGAUGUUGACGUAGGAGCAGAAUCUGCUGCUAGGAAUCUGAAAUUCAGGUUCUUUAGAAGCAAACCCGAGAAUGAAAGAUGUUUUGCAAAGAGAGAUAAAGCUAGUUAA